AUGGUAAACUCGGAUAAGCUCGAUCGAUCUUCGAAUUCUAACUUCCAAUCUCGCGCUUCCAAUAACACAAAGGCAAAAAAGAGAAAACCCGUGGAUCCACCAUACACUCCGAAGGAUGAUACCGACGAAGAGGAAUAUGUCUUCACGGGUCUUUGUACGCCAAAACGAACACCACGGAAGAUGAAACCGGCCCUUAAGAUGGAGGACGAAGCUUCCAGGCCCAAAGACCUUGCAUCCAUUCGACCUUUCAAGAAAAAUAAAAUUAGAGAGGGAUCGGACAAAAUGACAUUGGUCCACCCAGGACUCAUUCGUGAUUCAGUCGAGGCUACGAAAGGUAACACUACCAAUGCCGGUGUAUGGCAUCAUGUGGACGCAUUGUCAGAAAGUGGGCUUGAUUUGAUAACUCCAACAACCAAGAUCAUGACAGUCGCUCAUGGUAACAUACAGUCUUUUUCUAUACCAGUUGGGGCUUCACCUUUACCUUGGACAAAUGAAUCGUGCGGCGCCACAGAAGUUCAUAGCGUAAAGACCACUUCAUCGGUAGAGCAAUUGACGGUUCGGAAUAGAAGCCAAUCUCCCAAUACAUUUUCCUUUACACGCCGCAUAAGUGAUGAAGAGGUAUUUGAUGACCCAACUUUCCGCGUUUUACAUGUCGAAAAGUCGACUGUUGUCUUUAAACUCUCAGUGGAAAAGGCCAAACGCUGGGCAGGUGCAAUCAAUAUUCCUGGAGGUCUUUAUAACGAGGAAGAAAAGGAUCUCUUCUUCCGACUCGCCAUGCGUGGAUUUGAACCUCUUAUACCGGAGCAUUGGCAACUCGAUUUUCCUACCCUUCCAGAUACCCUAUUUUCUGAUACCGAAGGGGAUGCCGAACCACUUAUACAAGCAUUCAGAAGCUCCAAGACACAUGCAAUCAAGUCCCUUGCCAACUUAUUUUCUCUCGGGGGCCGCGUGAGGGACUGUAGGGUUCUAAAGAGGCGUCCCGAAGUCAUAACUAAAACUAGCAUCAAACGAUAUAUUCGCUGGGCCUUGUGUGAUGUUGGCCUAGAUACGAAUUCGAAAACGAUACCGGUAUAUGCUGUUUAUGCCCAGAAGAAAGGAGAAACUACACUUGAUGCCGUGAAAAAGCUAAACCGGCGCCUACAGUUACUCGCCAACCGGUACCGCAAAGCCUUGAGUGCAACAGCCCCGGAUGAAGACCAUAGUUCGAUAAGACUUCAGCCCAAUAGGAAAGACGAUGAUUGCUCAGCUCCCCUCCUAAACUGUCCCCUUCUUAUUGGAUUUAUCAUAUGCGGCCCUAUACUCGCAAUCUUAACCCUCGGUACUGAUCCUUCAAGCACAACCGAUGACACCGACAGCAAAUUCAUCUCCCAGUUUGACCUAGAGGACACAGGCCACGACGUCUGGAACUCACUGGCAAUCGCAAUUGCAGUAAUGAAAAUCCGCAAAUCUAUGCUACAUCUCGCAGACAGAGGCUUAGGUGGCUUCGUUAGGCUUCUUCGGGGCACCAAGUCCAACUUGGGUGCGGAUGUCUGA